AUGCUUCGCACACCUGUUAGUCAACAGCAGCAGGCGAAAUCGAAUCAGCAAAAUGUCCCAGCUCCGACUCCGAAUGACACGGAGAACAACUUUGUUCCUGGUUCCCGUGUAUCGAUCGAUGCUGCCCUAUCUGGUAGGCGUUCGAACAAAAGCCGAUCUUCCCGUAUCAGCGAAACCGACAGCCAACUGAAGGCCCUGUUGUUGGAGGAGCAGAUCGAGGAGGAUGAACUGAAGGCUUCAAUCGAACGAGACAAAAUCCUGGCUGAAAAACGAUUAGCUGCGCUUCAGAUUGAACAAGACCUGGUGCUGAAGACGGAAGAGAGGAAGGCUGAGUUUCUCAGGCGAAAACGUGAGCGUGAACUCAAGAAGGAAGAACUGAAGGCUGGUUCAAGUUACGGCUCGAGCAUCUGCAGUAGCAGGGGUAGCAACUCGAGUGCGUACACCAGUGUAUCCCAACGUGUCACCCAAUGGGUCACCGAGACCACAAAUGUGGAACCAACAAACCCGAACGAUCUACGCCAUGUAAACCUGGAACCAUCAAAUCACGUGGUUCGACAACCCCGUCGCGAGCCUGUGGAGAACGAUUUGCGUGUGCCCGAGCCAGGAGUGAAUGCGAUCCUGCUCGAAGCGUUCAAGGCACUGCAAGGCAGAAACGUGAAGGAUUUGCCACCAUUUUCUGGCGACAUCAUGGAGUGGACGAUUUUCGAGAACGAGUUCAACGCAUCCACUGAGGAGUUUCAACUGACCGAUCGUGAUAACUUGAGACGGUUAAACAAGGCGUUACAAGGUAAGGCACGAAAAACCGUGGAAUCAUUGUUGUCUUCCCCGGACAACGUUACUCAGAUUAUGAGGAUGCUGAAAUCGAAUUUCGGGCGCACGGAAUGGGUCGUGGCCAAUCGAUUGGAAGCGCUGAGGAACCUCGAUGUCGUGAAAGAAGGUAACAUCGAAUCGUUUAGGGCCUUCUACAAUGCUGUUGUCGGUACUAUGGUCGCGAUGCAGAACGCCAAGGCGAGUAAUUAUCUGCUCAAUCCCGAACUCAUUUCACACCUGGCUGAAAAAUUACUUGUCUUCAGUAAGCAAAUGUGGGUUCGACACAAGGCAGCACUAAUGAAGCAAGAUAUCGUCGUGGAUUUCGCCAUUUUCGCUCGCUGGUUGGAGGAUGAGAUGGACAACCAGCUGGCAAGCCUGAAUCCUGCGUUCGGGACGAAGAAACUGAUCAACUCAGCGAAGCCGAAACCCGUCGUAUUCCAUGUCGAUGAUCGUGAUGAAGAAGCAGCAAAGAAAUGUCCGCUAUGCUCGGUGGGAUCGCAUUUUAGUCUGGACAAGUGCGGUCAGUUUCGAGGACUCUCUGUUGCCCAACGUCGAACCACCGCUAAGUCGUGUAAAGUGUGCUACAUUUGCCUGAAAUCGGAUCAUGCUAGACGAAACUGUAAGUCUACGAAAAAGUGUUCGGUUUGUGGAAAGAAUCAUCACGAACUGGUCCACAACGAUGAGCCACCACGUGAGUCACCUAGGAGCAACCAGUCUGCUCUGCCGAAUGUCUGCAACGUGAAUGGCAGGAACGUCAACACACUGCUACGUGUAGGAAAGGUGAAGAUCCUGGGUCCAAAUGGCGCUGAGGAAGUUUUCGCUUUGUUUGACGAAGGUUCUUCUCUAUCAAUGAUCGAUGCAAACGUUGCUGCGAUGAUUGGGCUGCAGGGACCGGCAUCUUCUGUGACUUAUCGAUGGACGAACGGUAUUUCUCACAAGGAGGAACAAUCGAUGAUGCUGUCCUUCGACAUCUCUGGACCUUCAGCUCAAGCGAAAUGGUUUAAGGCAAGUCACGUCCGCUCCGUUCAAAACCUCGAUUUGCCACCCGUGAACUUCGACAUCGAAAAGGUGAAGAGAAUGUACCCGAUGCUUGACGAGGAUAAGCUGGUCGCAGUUCACGGCGCUCGUCCUUGUAUGCUUCUCGGCUCCAACAACGCUGGAUUGAUUGUGCCACUGAAAACAGUCCAAUAUUCGUUGCAUGGCCUGCAGUUAACUCGUUGUCAUCUAGGUUGGACCGUUCAUGGUUUGAUCGAACCAAGCGAUGCAGGAUCAGAGGACUGUCAUGCGCUAAUCUGCACGGAAGAUGACGACGUCGAGCUAACGAAUCUGGUGAAGCAGGCGUAUAAGGUAGAAGAUUUCGGAAUAACCGGACAGUCUCCGAAGAUGUCUGAUGAAGAUCAACGCGCCGUUGACAUCAUGAACCGCACCGUCACUCGACGUGGAGAACGCUUCGAAGUAGGACAAAUUUACAAGUAUGGCAACUUUUCGUUUCCGGACAGCAAGCCUCAAGCGUUGCGGCGGCUACAGAUGAUCGAGAAGAAGAUGGAUUCUGAUCCGGAGUUUGCUGAGAAGUAUUGCAGCAAAAUUCAAGAUUAUGUCGACAAGGGAUAUGCACGAAAGCUGGAGCCUCAUGAAGUUGAAGAAACACCGAAUACGUGGUACCUGCCGCAUUUUAGCGUGGAAACGACCGGAAAAUUCCGUCUAGUCAUGGAUGCUAAAGCGAAAUCUCACGGUUUCUCUCUCAACGAUUUGUUACUGAAAGGUCCUGAUUUCGUACCCGCCCUGAUCGCGAUCCUAAUGCGCGCUAGGAAGAAGAAGUUUGCGUUUGUGGCGGACAUAAAGGAGAUGUUCCACCAAAUCCUCAUCCGUAGAGAGGACCAGGACUCUCAACGCUUCUUUUUUCGUGGCAUGGAUCGCUCUGCUGACCCUAGCGUGUACAUCAUGAUGGUCAUGAUUUUCGGAGCUGUGUCAUCUCCUUCCAUGGCUCAAUUCAUCAAGAAUUUUAAUGCAAAGGAAUUGGAAGAAGAGUACCCUGGUGUAGAAUGCGCUGUGGUGAAUCAACAUUACGUUGACGAUUAUUUUGAUUGUGCCGACACUGAAGAAGAAGCAAUUCGACUGGUGCAGCAUGUGGUCAAGACGCACGAGCAUGGUGGAUUCCGGCUGGUCAAAUUUGCAUCGAACUCUGGAGCGCUCCUAGACUCCCUGGAUCCUACGUUGGUUGCCGAUCGAACAGGAAAUGAAACACGUGUACUGGGUAUCAGAUGGGAUCUACACUCCGAUGAAUUUGUCUUUUCGCUUGAAUUUCCGAAGUUGGUCGAAGAGUUUCGAACCGGCGAAAGUGUGCCUACAAAACGACAACUGUUAAAGUUCAUGAUGGGCAUUUUCGAUCCUUUAGGCUUGCUUAGUCCCAUCACUAUACAACUAAAAAUCAUCUUCCAAGAACUGUGGCGGUUACAGUCCGACUGGGAUGACGAGAUUCCAGAUGGAUUGGUUCCAAGAUGGAGAGAAUGGUUGGAUCAAACUGCGAAACUGAACGAAAUCCGACUGCCGAGGUAUUAUUUUCCAGAGAUUCCAUCGUUCGCUAAUGCUGAGCUGCAUGCCUUUUGUGACGCUAGUGAUAAGGCCUUCGCUUGCGUCGUUUAUAUAGUCCAUCGUCAUGAAGAUAGGUCGCAUGUCGCAUUAGUCUACGCCAAGGCUAGGGUCGCUCCUCUGAAGAAUUCGACAGUGCCACGUCUGGAGCUCCAAGGCUGUGUUCUUGCGAGUCAAAUGAUAAAAACGCUCCAAGAAGAAAUGAAGAUAGAGGUCACUAAGGUGUACUUCUGGACCGACUCCAAGAUUUGCCUAAGUUGGUUGAAGACGAGUCAGAAGCUGACUGCAUACAUCGGGUCUCGUGUUAUGAAGAUCAAGGAGAAUGGUCACAGCGUUGAUUUGUGGCAUUGGGUACCAUCGCAGUUGAACAUUGCUGAUCUGGCAACAAAGUCAAGCAAAUUCGGCAGUAUGCAAGAAUGGCUCAAGGGUCCGGAUUUCCUGCCACAUGUCAGCACCCGCUGGCCGAUCGACGCGCCGGUAGAACUGUCGCCUGCUGAGUUUGUAAAUUUCCACGCCGAGCUGAUCGUCGAUACUUCCGUUGAUUAG